UCCGGCGCCGGGGCGCGUGACGUUGUUUCCGGUGUGCCCGGGGCCCAACGCGGAUCCGACGCCCGGAGCCUCCGGGAGCCGCCAGGCAGACCCCGAGCAUGACCGACGGGCUGAUGAGCAAAGCAGCCACCAUGGAGAUCCCAAUCCAUGGCAACGGAGACUCCCGUCGUCUCGCUGAGGACGAUGGUCUGGAGCAGGACCUCCAGCAGGUGAUGGUGUCGGGGCCCAACCUGAACGAGACCAGCAUUGUUUCCGGGGGCUACGGGGGCACCGCCGAGGGUAUCAUCCCCACCAGCGCCAUCAAAGGCUCUCUCGUUCCAUCUCACCCACCCCGAAGACCGCUCAUCUCCCCCAGCACUUUGGCUGCCAGCCGGAUAGCCAGCCAGGCAGUCGCUGCCUCAGGUUCCAAUUUGCACCAGCCGCACUCCAGCCCAGCCCUGGCAGGUGAGGAGGCCACGCGGGGCAUCGCGGUGGAGAAGUUUGAUGUCGUCAAGAAGUGGGGCAUCAACACCUACAAGUGCACAAAGCAGCUGCUCUCAGAGCGCUUUGGGAGGGGCUCACGGACCGUCGACCUGGAGCUGGAGACGCAGAUUGAGCUCCUGCGGGACACUAAGCGCAAGUACGAGAGCGUCCUGGGCCUGGCGAGGGCCCUCACCAACCACUUCUACAGCCUGGUGCAGACGCAGCACGCCCUGGCCGACGCCUUCUCCGACCUCAGCCAGAAGUCCCCAGAGCUGCAGGAGGAGUUUGGAUACAACGCAGAGACCCAGAAGCUGCUGUGCAAGAAUGGGGAGACCCUCCUGGGGGCCGUCAACUUCUUCGUCUCCAGCAUCAACACGCUGGUCAACAAGACCAUGGAGGACACUCUCAUGACCGUCAAGCAGUACGAGACGGCCAGGCUGGAGUAUGACGCCUACCGCACGGACCUGGAGGAGCUGAACUUGGGCCCUCGGGACGCCAGCACCCUCUGUCGCCUGGACGCCGCCCAGGUCCACUUCCAGGCCCACCGCGCCAAGUACGAGAAGCUGCGGGCAGAUGUGGCCGUCAAGCUGAAGUUCUUGGAGGAGAACAAGGUGAAGGUGAUGCACAAGCAGCUCCUGCUCUUCCACAACGCCAUCUCGGCCUACUUUGCCGGCAACCAGCAGCAGCUGGAGCAGACGCUCAAGCAGUUCAACAUCAAGCUGAAGAGCCCCGGAGCAGAGAAGCCCUCGUGGCUGGAGGAGCCGUGAACUGCCCGCCCCUCCCCCUGCCCGCCCCCUCCCCAGCCCCCUGGCUCCCUUCAUGGACCUGGAUUCUGGGGGGAGGGGGCUGAGCUCUGUGCCCCCUCGCCACCUUCUGGAGCAGAAGAAGAGGCAGGCCGGGCGAGGAGGGGGCCCUUGCCAGCAGAAACACUCUCCUCUCUCCCCCCACCAGCUUUUCCUGAGGCUGCUUGAGUGGCAGGUGACUCUCGCCCCACCCGAGAUUUUGCUCUUGGCUCUGGAGAAGGGGCCCCCCGCCUCUGCCACCUCCUCCAUGCCACGAGGGCCUGCACUUUUGACACACUCCAUGGUGGUGGUGGGAAACAGCCACAAAAGAGGGGCUGGCAUUUUGGGGAGAGGGGGAAGCGGGGUUCUCCCUCUUGCCACAAGGCAGCUCCAGCCCCACACUACACAUUUCUUAACCCCCCUUGCUGGCAUAAACAGGGAGGGGGGCGUCAUCCUCUGGCCCCCAGCUGCUGUUCUGCUCCAGUACUUUUCUCAUGGGGGGGGUGGAGUGGGGGUCCUGCAUUUGGGCAGCUCUGACCUCUCCCUAGUUGUGCUCCAAAUUGGGGGGGGGGAGCUGUACACAGGAGGCCUCAGUCUGGAUGUGCUGCUAUUGGGGUGGGUGUGAAUGUUAGGAUCCCAAGCUGGGAUUGCCCCCCCCCUCCCAGUAUGGACCAAAAAGUAGUAUGGCUUCAGCCUUGCAGGGAGAGGGGGAUGUGUGUGUGUGUGUGUGUGUGUGUGUGUGUGUGUGUGUGUAUGUGUGUUUUAUGGCCAGUACCCCUGUGUUGUGUUCCUAGGUGAGGGGGCUCCAUGGGGGGUGGCGGCAGGGGGGCACCAGGGUAAAGGAAUGGGUGCUUCUCCCUGCUGGAUCCCCCCACCCACUCUGUAAAGAUUCCAGAAUAAACGGUACGAAUCAGAGCCUGCCAUGCUCCUGUUGCCGACGCCAGGGGAACCCUCAGCCUGGCACGCUCCUACUCUGUGGCAGCCCCCCCAUCAUUCCUCUUGAUCUCUGUGGGGUGGAGGGGGUGGAGGCAGGGGAGGGCUGCCAGCCAGGCGGCAGAAGGAGGAGCCCAGCAAGACCCCUAUAUUGCAGGGUGUUGGACUAGAAAACCCUUCGGGUCCCUUCUCAUUCUAUCCUCCUCCCCUGCUUGACUCUCAGUUGAAGCCUGCCUUUGGAGGAAGAUGAUGUGGGGCCAGGGAGGGCCUGCCUCUCUCCCAUGGGGGUCAGCCAGAUGCCCUCACAAGGGGUGCAAGAAGAAUUGCAGGCUCCCUUCCAGAAGGGGCUCUUGCCCACCCCCUUGAGAGACCCCCUGGCUCCUCACGCCCUUCCAGGCUCCCCUAGCUCCAGAUCAGCAGCCGUGGCCCCCUGCCCCAUGUAGUCUGUUGCGUUUCAGUCGAAGAAGCAUGACUUCCAUUACAAAGAGGAAUGAUGGAGAGAUCCAGGAGGAGGAGGAGCAGGUGACCUUGGAGACAAUCAAAAGGGUUGCAUAGAAAUAAAGUGCAAUGUUCUGUUUCUAA